AUGUCUUCGGCAAUUCUUUCUUCGACAGCAUUGUUGCGCAAUGCGACCACCACCACCAGCGUUGGACUGUCAGCCUGUCGUUGGAGCUCGACUGCUGCCAUGAGUGCCUUCACUUCGCAUCGUGACGUGAAGUCGCGAAAUGACAGAUUCAUGGACCGACGUCGGAUACCCAACCGCGGGAAGUUCCUUGAGGACCAAAAGGCCCAGGGUGAGAGCCGAGCUCUUGAGAAAUACCAUACUCGUGAUUUCAAGGCUGGAGAUAUCUAUGCCCCCCACGACCUUAGCCCGACACAGAUGAAGAAAUGGGGAAAGCGCCAGAGUCCUUCCACAGAUGCCUUUGACGCAUUGAACUUGAAGCCAUUGGACAUGUACAAGAACUUCGCGAUUAUGUCCGAAUACAUGACCAACAUGGGCCGUAUCAAGUCUCGAUCAGAGACAGGUCUGCGACCCGUAAACCAGCGCAAGAUUGCCAAGGCACUCCGCAGAGCCAUUGGAAUUGGUCUUAUGCCCAGUGUUCACCGACACCCGGAAAUCCUCGCAUCCGAGAUGCGGGCUCGUAUGGAGGGACCUGGUGGCUCCAGUGGUUUCUAA